GUCGCUCGUUUUCUCUACAUCUCAAAUACCUCUAAACGCGCAUCUCCCCAUCUUCCUCGUCUCCUCUUGCUAUUUUCGACAUCAAUUUCGGCGCAAAAAUGGUCAACAUCAGUGAAGUCAAAGGCAACACGCGCGAAAACAGGACCGCGGCGCAUACACAUAUCAAAGGACUAGGUUUACGGCCAGACGGUACAGCAGAGUCUUCUGGCCAUGGCUUCGUUGGGCAGACUGCAGCCCGAGAGGCUUGCGGUGUGGUUGUCGAUCUUAUCAAAGCGAAGAAGAUGUCUGGACGAGCGGUACUGUUAGCGGGAGGCCCAGGCACAGGCAAGACCGCUCUAGCAUUAGCAGUCUCUCAAGAACUCGGAACAAAAGUCCCGUUCUGUCCCAUUGUGGGCAGUGAAGUUUAUUCUACGGAGGUCAAGAAGACUGAGGCAUUGAUGGAAAAUUUCAGAAGAGCGAUUGGCCUGCGAGUACGAGAAAUGAAAGAAGUCUACGAAGGCGAAGUCACCGAACUCAUCCCCGAAGAAGCGGAGAAUCCACUGGGAGGUUACGGGCGCACGAUUUCUCACCUCAUACUUACCCUCAAAUCGGCUCGAGGCACGAAGAAACUCCGUUUAGAUCCAAGUAUCUACGAGGCAAUCCAAAAAGAAAGAGUGAGCGUGGGAGAUGUGAUUUACAUCGAAGCAAACACCGGCGCAUGCAAGAGAGUUGGUCGCUCAGAUGCAUAUGCGACAGAAUUCGAUCUCGAGGCUGAAGAGUAUGUGCCAGUGCCCAAGGGAGACGUUCACAAGAAGAAGGAAGUAGUUCAGGAUGUGACGCUACAUGAUCUCGAUAUCGCCAACGCCAGACCGCAAGGUGGCCAGGAUGUUAUGAGCAUGAUGGGCCAGCUGAUGAAGCCGAAGAAGACAGAGAUCACAGACAAGCUGAGAGCAGAGAUCAACAAGGUUGUCAGCAAGUACAUUGAUCAGGGCGUUGCCGAACUUGUGCCUGGUGUGCUGUUCAUUGACGAGGUACACAUGCUUGAUAUCGAGUGCUUCACCUAUCUUAACCGCGCUCUUGAAUCACCUAUCUCACCAAUCGUCAUCCUGGCCUCAAAUCGAGGCAACACUGUGAUCCGAGGCACGCAAGAUAUCACCGGGGCACAUGGUGUUCCUCCGGAUCUAUUGGCGCGUCUGUUGAUCAUCCCCACCCACCCCUACAACGAGUCCGAAGUUCAGACAAUUGUUCGAUUGCGCGCAAAAACAGAAGGCCUGGCCAUCUCCGAUUCAGCACUGCAGAAAGUCGCUCAGCAUGGAACAAGCGUGUCGCUACGUUACGCUCUGCAACUGUUGACGCCCAGCAGUAUCCUAGCCAAGGUCAACGGCAGACAGGAGAUCGCACCCGAAGAUGUGGCCGAGUGCGAAGACUUAUUCAUCGACGCGAGAAGAAGUGCAAAAGUUGUUGAGACUGGAACGGGAUUCAUAAGCUGAAGAUGAGAUGUACAAGUGAUUAUGAGAUCUUGUUCUUUUCGAGAAAAAGAAUGCUUCUCUCGAACGCCGUCGCUCUCGCUGAAGGUAAAAGCCCUUCCUGAUAUGGCCAAAUACUUGGUACUAUCAGCAAGCGCUUUUCCGCCAUUGAUCGAUCCUGACCCAAGACAGCUGCACCGGAGGUGUACCACAUUACUAUACCAGGACUGCCGGCGUCAGAUCAUGCGAUCUGGAAGAUUGGGGCGAAGAGCGAGUAGACGACAAGUGAAUUACAGCAAGAACGUGUAUUCUAAAACUCACGACCUCGUGAGAAAGAUUUUUCAUGGAUAACUAGCAGAUAAAUUGCAACUGUCAACACGAGUUUUUAUUCUUUUUCUACAAA